AUGGUAAAAGUGAAAGUUGGUAAUGUACUAUCAAGAGAAGUUCAGGUGAAUACAGGCCUACGGCAAGGUGAUGCACUAUCCCCAAUUAUUUUUAAUCUAGUUCUGGAAAAAGUAAUUAGAAUGAUGAAUAUCUCACCAGAUGAAGGGGUGAAACUCGAUGGAACAACAAUAAGUAUUUUAGCAUACGCAGAUGAUAUAGUGCUUUUAGGAANGUUGGAUUGCAAAUUAAUGAAGAGAAAACAGAAUAUAUGGAAAUAAGUAGACAACGAUACGGAAGACAAGCAGAAGAGUUUCUAAAGGUAAGUCCUUAUAGUUUCAAAAAUGUAUCACAAUUUAAAUAUUUGGGUACAAUGAUCACCCAUUCAAACAAUAUGGAGUAUGAAAUACUUAAAAGAAUCCAAAUGGGUAACAAAUGUUAUUACGCAAUGGGGAACUUACUCAAGUCAAGAAUACUCUCAAAGACACUUAAAGUUCAGCUGUAUGUCACACUAAUAAGAUAAAUAGUACUUUAUGGAGCGCAAUGUUGGACUGUAAGGAAAAAUGAUAAGUCAAAACUGAGGGUCUUUGAAAGGAAAAUAUUAAGAAGGAUUUAUGGACCAUAUCAUGGCCCGCAAACAGGUGAUUGUGUAAAAGACACAAUGAGGAGUUAUAUGACUUAUAUAACAGACCGGAUAUAGUAAAGGAGAUAAAAAUAAAAAGAUUGGAAUGGGUAGGUCAUGUGUGGAGGAAACCUGAUGCUAUGACAAAGACGGUCUUACAAGAGAAUCCAAGAAGGAAAAGACCACUAGGAAGACCCAGAAUGCGAUGGGAGGACUGUGUCAAAAAAGAUGUAAUAGUUUUCUACCUGGAGGAAGAUUGGCAUAUACUAGCACAAAAUCGUGAAGGAUGGAGGCAAUUAUGUUUGGAUGUGUGGUCUAAAGGCCGUAAACAAAAAAAAAUAUCUUUGACGUAUUAUACAUGA